AUGUCUCUUGAUAUUUUUGAGGCGUUUUCGAAAAAAACGGUUUUCGUUACUGGUGGCAGUGGUUUUAUGGGAAAGGUUCUUCUUUUUAAGCUGCUGAAGGAGUUCCCCGAUAUUGAAACAAUCUACGUACUUAUUCGAGGUAAGAAAUCACGUAAGUUUAAGCGUUUUCUUGGUCCCCAGGAGCGUUUAGAGAAGGAGAUAUUGAGUUCGCUUUGUUUUGAACCCCUUAAGUCAACUCUUGGUGAAGAUAAGUUUAAAUCACUCUGCAAACGAGUAAUAGCAGUAGAGGGUAAUAUCACAGAUGAUAGACUGGGACUUUGUGAAAAAAAUUGUAAAAAGAUCUUAGAGUCUGUUAAUUUCGUUAUUCAUGUUGCCGCUACCGUUAAUUUUGAUGAACCCCUUAAUGUCGCUGUGGAAACUAAUACAUUGGGUUCUCUUCGAGUCCUUGCUCUGGCCAAACAGUGUAGAAAACUGGAAGCGAUGGUUCAUAUUUCUACAUGUUAUGUUAAUUAUAACCUUGAAGGGAGUAUUGUGGAGGAAUGUCUUUAUCCUUUACCUUUUGACCCAGAGGCAAUGUGUAAAUAUAUUCUUGCACUACAUGAUAAUGAAGUUGAUAUGGUUACUGAGAAACUUUUGAAGAAAUACGGUUUUCCAAAUACGUAUACGUUUACAAAAGCAAUGGGAGAACAUUUAAUUCGUGCAUCUAGGGGAAAUUGUCCUAUUUCUAUUGUUAGACCUUCUAUAGUUGGGUGUAGUUUUAAAGAACCAUUCCCUGGUUGGGUAGAUGCGUUAACAGCUGCUGGAGGGUUGUUAUUGACAUCUGGAUUGGGUGUAGUGCAAGAAAUUAAUGGUCGUGAAGAUGCUAUUGCAGAUAUUGUUCCUGUGGAUUUUGUUGUUAAUACUAUUAUUAAGGCACUUUUUAAGACUCAACUUUAUGUAAAAAGUCAACGAGUAGAUGUUAAUGUCUCAGAACAAUCACGAGGACAGGAGUUUGGAAGUACGCUUCUUAAAACUUUAGCAUCUCCUGAAUCAUUUAUUAAAAAAGGAUCUAAUGGUAUAGAAGGUGGAAGAACUUUAACUAGUAUUUCUUUGGAACAACAACAACAACAACAACAACAGCAACAGGAUGGGAUUUCUUCUGUUUCUUUUACACGAUCUGAUGUAAUACAAGAUGCUCUUCCAUUUGUCUUUCAUGCUGCAACUUCUUCUUCAGUAAAUCAUCUAACAUGGAGACGACUUCGAGAUGCUACAAAAUAUUAUUGGGAUUGGAAGAAACGUCAUCCUAGAGCUAUUGCCCCUAUGCGUACAGAAUUAAUUGAAUCACAAAUUGAAUAUUUAAUAAAAUUUUUCUUUCGUCGUGAAUUACCUUACCAAGUUUUGCGUUGUGUUUCAAUGCUUCCUCCACCUAUUGGAUCUGAAGAAAAACGACAACUUGUUAAAAAACUUGGUAAAGCAGUUUUUAGAGCAAAGGAUUUAAAUCGUCAAUUUCAAGCUUUUACUUCACGUGAAUGGAUCUUUUCUACGGUAAAUACCAAAUCGUUAGAUGAUGGUCUCAAUGACCAUUCUCGACAGGCCUUUUACUUUGAUACAUAUAUGAUUAAUUGGUGGUUUUAUGCCCAUGCGUAUUCCCAUGGAAUGUUAAAGUAUAUUGUAAAUGAUACUGGUGAUUACACAUUUCCUAAGCAACCAGAAACUCCCACCGAUAUCUUCAAGCGGGCAUCUUCACUUUGA